AUGUCAGCGGGUACAGAAGAGGCUGCGUCAUCCUGCAUCUCAAGUUUGACAACAACAGUUGUGGAGGACAUUCCAAACUACUACUACAGAGGCCUGGACAACAUCAUCGCUGAGGACGAUGUGAACAAGUUUGAACUAAGCUGUCCAGCCUCCAUAGGCACUCUCUUGCUCCUGGAACUUCAAGUCAAACCUCUCUUUGAUUUUGGAGAGGCUGACUGGUUCUGUUCCAAAGUUAUUGUGACUACACCUGAGGGUGACAAGGUCCUGUUCCCAUGUUACCGCUGGUUUACUGGUGACGAAAAAUGGCAACUAUAUGAACCAGGAACACCUUAUAAACUUAAGGCAGAUGGUCCAGACAGUUUGCCUGCGGAGGUCAGAUUCUCAUUCACCAAGAAGACUGAGUUUGACUUCAGUCGAUUAUCUGCAAUCUAUGAGCUGAAACUCAAACGUCUUGCUGAUCGGGCAGAGCCAUGGACAAGUUUUGAGGAACUUGAUCAUGUUUUUGCUGAACGAAGGACUGCAAUCUUUGAAUAUGUUCGGCAGCACUGGAGAGAGGAUGAGUUUUUUGGCUACCAGCUUCUGAAUGGCAUGAACCCCAUGAUGAUCCACAAAUGCUCAGAGUUGCCCAAAAAGUUCCCCGUCACUGAUGACAUGGUCAAAGCCUUUUUACCAUCUGGGAGCAGCUUAAAGAAUGAGAUGAAGCAUGGCAACAUCUUCCUCUGCGACUACAAGCGGCUGGAUGGUCUAUCUGGAAAUGUCAUUAAUAAGAAACAACAAUAUCUAACGGCUCCCAUGUGCCUACUCUUCAGUAACCGUGAGGGCAAGCUACUGCCCAUUGCCAUCCAGCUGAAGCAGGAGCCAGGAGAGGAGAACCCCAUCUUUCUCCCCUCAGACUCUGAAUUGGAUUGGCUGCUCGCCAAGACUUUUGUGCGGAACGCUGAAUUCAAUGAGCAUUCGCUGCACUUCCAUCUGUUACAUGGUCACCUGAUGGCUGAGGUCUUUACCGUAGCAACCUUGCGCAACCUACCUACAGUCCACCCCUUGUUCAAGCUCCUGAUACCCCAUACCCGCUACACACUCCAGAUCAACAUCAUGGCUCGAGAAACGCUGAUCUCAGAUAAAGGGGGUUUCGCUAAGCACACUGCCAUCGGAAAAGAGGGGAUGGAAGUGUUCCUAAAGAGAGCAGCCUCCUCUCUGACCUACAGCUCCCUGUGUCUGCCUGAUGACAUCAAGGCUCGUGGUGUGGAGGACAUUCCAAACUACUACUACAGAGACGACGGCCUCAAGCUGUGGAACAUCAUCAACAAGUUUGUUGACGGUGUGAUGAGAUACUACUACACCUCAGAUGAUGAUGUCAGUAGAGACACUGAGCUGCAAUGCUGGAUCGGAGAGAUACAUAAGUAUGGUUUCCUGGAGAAAGCUGAACAUGGGAUAUCGUCAUUCAAGACUGCUGGUGAACUCAUCAAGUUUGUUACCAUGGUGAUCUUCACUGUAUCAGCCGGACAUGCCACUGUCAACCACGGACAGUUCGACUUUGGUGGAUGGAUGCCCAAUCUGCCCAGUUCACUAAGACGUCCUCCUCCCACCAAAAAAGGAAGUUCAGCAAAGGACUCCAUUUUGGACACACUGCCGGACAUCAGCACAACAGUGAACAUAAUGGCUACACUGUAUGUUCUAAGCAAGGCCUCUUCUGACCACCAUGCGCUUGGAUAUUAUCCAGAGGAGCUGUUCAAUGAAAAGAGACCCCUCCAGAUGAUUACCAAGUUUCAGGAAGACCUGAUGUCUCUCUCCACUGAGAUUGAGAAGAGGAACCAAGGUCUUCCUUUGCCAUACAUUUACUUAAACCCAAAGGGACUGGAAAACAGUGUUGCUGUCUAA